AUGAAGAGCCUGUACCAGGCUGCUGGCCGGACGCUGGUUACGCUAGGCUGUCUCAGCACAUUCUCUGGACUCAUCGCUUUCUUCCCUGUGUUUUCUCACAAGAUUUGGUUCACAGGAUGGAGUGUUCGAAUUGCUUGUCCCAUCUGGAAUGGAGCUUUGGCCGUCGCUGCAGGUGUUUUUCUACUGCUUGCUCACAGGGAGAGGACCCAGAGAGACCUGUGGGAAGCCAGUUUCACCUUUGUGACUCUCAGCGUUCUGGGAUGCCCCCUUCAUUUUGCCAUCGCCUUGGAAUCUGCCCUCCUCGGCCCAUACUGCUUCUACUCCUUCUCAGGAAUCGCAGGGGAAAACUACCUGGGAUCUGCAGUGGCCUUUCCAUUUCCCUACGCACGAUUCCCCUCGGUCUGUGUGGACCCACCACACUACGAGGAGUUCCACCUGACGCUCCAAGUCCUCGACCUGGGCCUCAGCUUUGCCAUGUUUUGUGCCUCGCUGACUGCACUUGCCAAGCUUUCGGCAAGACUUUUCCAGAAAGGAGACGUAAAUGUAAGCUUCACAAAAGGGGAGGGGGUGAUGGUUUUGUCCUGA